GUAGUAGUUAUUUUACAAAUUAAAUAAGCCGCGUUUUUUUAAUCAAAAGACUGCUCGAUUUUGGCUUAAUUACAGAUAAAAAAAAAAAAAAGAUUAUCCCAACAACGGACACUUUUUGUUCUCACUAGUCAUGGCGAUUGCACACGUAGCUACCGAGUACGUUUUUUCCGACUUUUUGUUGAAGGAUCCCACGGAAACGAAGUACAAAGGGGUGCGCCUGGAGCUGGCGGUGGAUAAAAUGGUCACGUUUCUAGCGGUGGGGCUGCCUUUGUUUCUAAUCUCGCUUGCUUUUGCUCAAGAAGUGUCCGUUGGUACUCAGAUCAGCUGCUUUGCCCCCACUAACUUCUCUUGGAGACAGGCUGCAUAUGUGGAUUCAUUUUGUUGGGCAGCAGUGCAGCAACAGUCUGACAGCUCACCACUAUGGUUGCACAAGUUCUUUCCAUAUGUCCUGCUUUUACUGGCCAUCCUUUUAUAUAUACCUGCCCUGUUCUGGCGUUUCACUGCAGCCCCACAUCUUUCAUCUGAUCUAAAAUUCAUUAUGGAAGAACUGGACCGCUUUUAUAAUCGUGCCAUCAGAUUGGCCAAGAAUCUGGCGUCCAUAGAGAGCAAAGAUCCACCUGAAGACACCCAGAGUGCUCUGGACCUUACAGAGGGUUGCUUCAAAUACCCUUUAGUGGAGCAGUAUCUGAAAACAAAGCGCUUCUCCCACUGCCUCGUGGUCAAGUAUCUCGUAUGUCGGGGCCUGACUCUGCUGAUCCUCCUGUUAGCCUGCAUUUACCUUGGCUACUACAUCCGCCUGGCAUCUGUUACUGAUGAGUUUCCAUGUGACCUGCGUACAGGUGUGCUAAAGAAUGACAGUAUGCUACCACCUGCUGUGCAAUGUAAGCUUGUAGCGGUGGGUGUCUUCAGGCUUCUCAGCUACAUCAACCUAGGGGUGUACGUGCUUCUAGCUCCACUGGUGGUGUAUGCUGCUCUUGGACCAGCUAACCAGAGCUCUGGUUUUCUCCGGCCUUAUGAGAUGCUGCCAGGUUUUGGUGCUCUGGGUGUUGUCACACCCUUCUACAAUGAUCUCAGUAUCUAUCUGCUGUUCCUGCAGGAGAACUUGAGCGAACUCAAGUCUUUCAAGUGUCUACAGGUGCUCGAGUUGCUGCAAGAAGCUGGAGAUGAGGGGUUUGACACCAUGUGCCUCCUGCGAUCCCUGGGUCAGGUGAAGACUGAUGUGAUAGACAGUAGGAAAAUGUGCUCACGUUUGAACAGCAAAGAAACGACUAAAGCUGAAAACUGACUCCACUGAGACAUCUCUGCCUUGUUGCUGAAUAACUGACCUGAAGAGGAUAAGUGCUGACAUGGUGAAAAGUAGAAAUGGGACAGAAAUGCACUUACCUUUACCUGAAUUUGUGUUGCUGUAUUCAAUAUUAAGACAGAGAGGGAACUGUACUUAAUUAUCCCUAUAGUUUGGCCAGCAAACACGUUUCCUCUCUGAUGUUUCAUCUUGGAUAAGAAUAAAGGACAA